AUGGCCAACUCCGUCCAAAACUCUCAGGCCAGCAUCUUUCCCUUCCUGUUGCUGCCAGCGGAACUUCGAUUGAUGAUCUACAUGUACGCCCUGUUCACCCCUCACGGUAUCUGGAUGGAUGACCACCGGCGUGACAUCGUGGGGAUCCUUCGCCAACAGAACCACAGUCCCCCGACCUCCGACAUUCUGGCAUCCCGAAGUUUCUACGGCAUCGUCUCGCCUGCCCUUUUACUGGUCUGCAAACAGAUCUACCACGAGGCCAAGCAUUUUCUCGGACACAACCAGUGGCGCCUGAACCGCUGGAGCACUGACCCGAUUGCCAACAUCUCGGAGUCGGUCCGCAACAAGGUCAUUUCGGUCUUCCUGGGUACCAGCCACUAUGGAUAUGUCUCGCCCGUUCGCGAUCGUAUCAACGGCACCUCAUGGCUGUCCUUGGUCCAAUACCUGCCGAACAUCCAGCAUCUGACCAUCGCAAUGAUGGAAGACGACAAAGGUCUCUCUGGCAACCACUCGCCCGAGGUCGAAGUGUAUCAUAUGGGCCACCUGGCGCACUACAGGGAGCUCUUCCAGCGAUGCUCGAUCAAGUCGAUCAGCCUCGAGUACAUGAAGACAUACCCCUCCAAUAUGUACCCGUGGGUGUACUUGUGGAGCUGGGUCACCACCAUGGCCGCGUACGUCCUGCCGCAGACGAGGAAUAACCAGAAGAUUCUGGAGCAGUGGCAGCUUCUGGACGAGGUGGACGAAUGCCUCGUAUCUCCUAGUCUUGAUUGGCGUGGGCUGGCAAGAUACCGGAAUUACGCGCCCCUUCUAGGGUCCAGCACCGAGUCGAUCUCACGAUACCGGCUCCUUUCGCGUCGGCUUCAGGCAGCGUGGGAGGAGUUCGGGUUUCGCGUGUCCGCGAGAGACCCAAGCCCGUUCGAGCGAGGCACAGUGAUCGUUUUCGAACGGAUAUCCACGGGUGGCUGUUCGCCUUGGGUGUCAGCGGUGGGGAUCGUUAGUUAG